AACCAGUCGUAUGUUUGUUCCUUUUUGCUACUCCGCGCUCAUCACAAACACAUGAAAGAGUAAUAAGUUUGACUCCAUAUGACUCAGAAGACAAACUGCGUCGCCGUGCCUUAGUGACAGCAGUGACGUGUUGUGACGUCACGCGUCAUGGCCGGCGAUCAUGUCCGCCCGCUGAGUUUAGCCUAGCGAGCUAGCGCCACUUUGCUAACCAAAGGAUGUGGCUGGAGGAGCAUCCCCGGGUGUUAUACACCGGCGACAACACAUUCUUAGACGAGGACAAUGCAAGGGGCGCUAAAGAAAAUUGUCCACAAAACGUACAGGACAACGAGCAUGCUAUGGCAAUCAGUGUCAGCGUACUGAGGGAGCUGCCUUGCUCAAUGACUGGAGCUUGCAGUGCAGACAUCAGCACAGAGAUGGAAACAGGCAGUGUUCGCAUACCGACUGCAAAGUACACAAAAAUGGGGGAGACUCUGAGAUAUGUCAUUCCAAGUCACAUGCAGUGCUCUAUGGCUUGUGGAGGCAAAGCCUGUAAAUAUGAAAACCCAUCUCGUUGGAGUGAUGAGGAGCAAGCCAUUAAAGGAUUAUACUCAUCCUGGGUUACAGACAACCUGCUAGCUAUGGCAAGGCCUUCCUCUGAAAUUAUAGAGAAAUAUAAUAUCAUUGAGCAAUUCCAAAGGUGUGACGUGAAGACUGUCAUAAACUUACAACGUCCUGGAGAGCAUUCCAGCUGUGGCAAUCCACUGGAGCAGGAGAGUGGAUUCACGUACCGACCUGAAACUUUUAUGGAAGCAGGAAUUUAUUACUACAACUUUGGGUGGAAAGACUAUGGUGUUGCAUCUUUGACUACACUUCUUGAUAUGGUAAAGGUCAUGUCAUUUGCUAUCCAAGAGGGGAAGAUCGCUGUUCACUGCCAUGCCGGUUUAGGAAGAACAGGUGUGCUGUUGGCUUGUUACUUGGUCUUCACGUGUCGGAUGAACGCUGACCAAGCCAUCCUGUUUGUGCGAGCCAAGAGGCCCAACUCUAUUCAGACGAGAGGCCAGCUGCUGUGUGUCAGGGAGUUUGCCCAAUUCCUAGUUCCUCUCAGAAACAUAUUUUCCUGUGCGGAUUCCAAAGCCAGCGCUGUCACGUUGUCCCAGUACCUAACCAGGCAGCGGCACCUGCUGCAUGGCUACGAAGCGCGACAGAUGAAAAAUCUGCCCAAGUUGGUCCAGCUGGUUUGCAGGCGUCUCGUUGACAUUGCCGCCAACCGGCAAUUGGUGAUGGAAGGAGAGUGGCUGGAGAUCCCCGACCUCACAGCUGAGGUGGAGAAGACCGUAUCCCAACAGGCCCUUCAGCAGCUUGGGAAGGAACUGAGAGGGAAAGGCAUCCCGGUUGCUUCUUGCUCAUCCAAUCCUUUCAGCCUAGUAGAGACCACGCCUGCUCAAAUUCAACCUCUCAUCAGUGAUCAUGAGCUUAACCCACUUUGGAGGCAGAAUGCAGCUACCCUUCUUCGAUCCUCCCUCUCCAACAAUAAGAACCUCAGCUUCAGCGAUUCCGUCCUUGACAAACUUGGAGCACACCGGCAGGAUUUGGCAAUUUCUAAGAGCAGCACACUACCGAUUCACUGUCUGACCAAACACUCCCUGUCUCACAGCAACAUCACUUCCUCUUCAUUUCAUCCUCAGGACAUUGCUUCAAGUAUUCUUGAAAGCGGUUCCCCAUUUGUGAAAACUCUUUUGAACAUGGGGGAUCCUGCUUUGCCUUUAGGGAUGUCUAAGCAGCGAAUGCAAGCUGACUGUGACACCAUACUGCAUGUUUUGUCAAGCAAAAUGCUAGCCAGUCAAGAGACGCAGGGAAUGCAUGUCCCAGCGAAUGAUGGUGAUAACGCCGGGUUUCCAGUACUUACCCUCCAUUCUGAGCUGUCCUCAGAGAGCAGAACCCUGCAGGUGGCCAAAGCCUUGGCUAUGGACCAGACAGACAAGGACGUCACUGCCCAGGUCUCAGUGUGGCAGACAGAGUUAAACUCCAAAGAAGGGGCGUGGGAGAGGCUAUGCAUGGAAAGAGACCCUCUGGUGCUGUCCAGUCUCAUGUGGUCAUGGCUGGAACAGUUGAGGGACCCUGUCAUCAGCAGUGGAGAUGUCAAAUCUCUGACUGACAGUGCAAACCCACGGAGAGCACUCGACUGUUUGGAAAAGGGUCAGCGCCUCACAUUGUUGUGUAUCCUGGACUGUGCUGCUCAUCUCCUGCCAAUGCCUGCAGAAUUGGAGACCAGUAUUCUUCAGCAAACUAUAAAAACCUUGACCAAGAUUGACUCUUCUUCUACCCUGGAAGAGGAUCACUUUUUAUACUCCACACUGAAAGAAAUCCUGACUUCUAUUCUUCAUGAUCUGCACAACAAAGCACAGAUUUUGGCGCACUCUGCCUUCCACAUUUUUCAUCCGAUUCAAACAGUUCCAACUUCAAACUGUUCAGCCUCUUCGGGAAUCGCUGCCUUUUCCCUUGACAAAUUCCAAAAAUUCCCAGAUUUCCCAGAAUUCCAGGAUUUCCGGGACAUUUUUCCCAUUUAAAAUGAAAUUUUUCAAACUUCCACCAUUUCCACAUUUUUCAACCUACUCAUACCAAUCCACCUUCAACACAUUCCACCAUCCUGGAAAUUCAAACUACCCUUUUUCCAAGUUCAAAAAAAUUCCAGGACUUUCCAGUAUUCCUAGUUUUCCGAAGCCCUAUUUCCACCCUUUUUUCUGGCGAUUACUCCUUCCACAUUUUUCAACGGAUUUUAACCGUUCCACCGUCAAAACAUUCCUCUUAGUUAGGACAAAAAAUGAAGUUGUUUUUUUAACUGGAAAAAUUCCCGGUUUUUCCAGAAAUUCCACAAUACCUUUUCUCAAUUGAACAUGUUACUACUUCAAAAUUUCUCGACCGAUUUGAAAAAUGUCAACACCAACCAUUUACAACUCAUUCAGACCAUUUAAGUUUUUUUACCAUUUUCAAAAAAAUUCCCGCUUUACCCGAAAUUCCCAAUUUAGGGGGAAAUUACCAUUAAAAUCAAUGGGACAUUCCUCAGAGUUCCACAAUUCCCACAUUUUUCAUCUGAUUUGAACUGUUCCAACUUAAAAUAUUCAGUCUGUUCAGGAAUUGUGUGCUCUACUUCAACAAUUAGUCAUUUUGAAGUUCGACUUCAGCAUUGGAGCAUUUACACAUUCAGGAAUUGCUUCAUCCAGUUAAGGUUAAGGAUUGUUUUUAUUUGCAGCGUGACAGUAAUUAAACAUUUACAUUAACAUCUCACUCUGUAAACCAAGGCAGAAACAGCAGCAGCUUUGCACAGAGUGGGUGUGAGUGUUCUCUUGCUCUGACUGGAAUGUAACUUAAUUGGCAUUGCACUUAAAAGUACAAGGAAACAUGUUUUUAAGUAUCAGUGAUGAAACAUUUACAUUAACAUCUCAGUGUGUAAACCAGUGAAGAAACAACGGCAGCUUUGCACAGAGUGGGUGUGCGUCUUCUCUUGCUCUUACUGGAAUGGAACUUUAUUGUCAUUGCACCUAAAAGUACAAUGAAACUGUUUCUACUAGCUGUCUAAAAGCAGACAUUCAGUAGACAGGGGACCACCUGUGCGGAAAGACUCACGGCAGUACAGUUUGUACGUUAAUAAUAUGUAUAUAUAAUAUAUAAAUAUUGUAUAUGUUAUAUUUCAUAUUGCUACUAUGGUACAUUUUUAGUCUACUUUAUACCUUUUGUUUUCGCCCUCUUGUUGUGCCCUUGUGUGCAUUGUCCUUUCUAUCCUUACCUUUUCCAUCCUUUGUAACUGAGCUACUGUGUGGAACCGUGUCCCUUGUGGAUCAUUAAAGUUUGUCUAAGUUAAGGGUAUUAGAGUGAUACACACUUUCAGGUCUCCAAAACAUUUAAUAGCUAAUAGGUAAUAGCUAAUUGCU